CCCGCCCCCUCCUGGCCGCGCGCGCUCCAACCCCAGGCCCUCGGGUCCCUGCCCGCAGUUGGCCACGCCAUGGAUCUGGGGCUCGCGGGCCGCCGGGCGCUCGUCACCGGGGCGGGCAAAGGCAUCGGGCGCAGCACGGUCCAGGCGCUGUACGCGGCGGGGGUGCAGGUGGUGGCCGUGAGCCGGACCCAGGGCGACCUGGACAGCCUGGUCCGCGAGUGCCCCGGGGUCGAGACCGUGUGCGUGGACCUGGGAGACUGGGAGGCCACGGAGCGGGCGCUGGGCGUCGUGGGCCCCGUGGACCUGCUGGUGAACAAUGCCGCCGUGGCGCUGCUGCAGCCCUUCCUGGAGGUCACCAAGGAGGCGUGUGACACCUCCUUCGAUGUGAACCUGCGGGCUGUCAUCCAGGUGUCCCAGAUCGUGGCCCGGGGCCUGAUCGCUCGAGGAGCCCGAGGGUCCAUCGUGAAUGUGUCCAGCCAGGCCUCCCAGCGGGCACUGACCAACCACAGCGUCUACUGUGCCACCAAGGGUGCCAUGGACAUGCUGACCAAGGUGAUGGCUCUGGAGCUCGGGCCCCACAAGAUCCGUGUAAAUACAGUGAACCCCACGGUGGUGAUGACGCCCAUGGGCAAGGCCAACUGGAGCGACCCCCUUAAGGCGAAGGCCAUGCUGGACCGGAUCCCGCUGGGCAGGUUUGCGGAGGUGCAGGACGUGGUGGACGUCAUCCUUUUCCUGCUGAGUGACCAGAGCAGCAUGACCACGGGCUCUGCUGUGCCAGUGGACGGGGGCUUCCUGGCCACCUGAGCCCCGCCCCCCACAGCCCUGCUCCCUGCUGAGCCCCGCCUGCCUCCCCCCCCCCCCCCCC